CGAGGCUUUUAAUUUGAAGCCUGCCACCAUCAGCCGAAAAAUACCACCUCUGCCUAAUACAUGCACAGUUCGUGUCGUGUAAGUCACUCGAUGCCUACAUAGUCACCAUGUCUCCUGACAGUGUGCUGUUAUCGUCUGUCAGUGCAGAAGGUGUACGGUGAGAAGGAUGAAUUCAGCUAAAAUCGAGCUAGUGUCUCCUAGGUAGACGUCAGUCUGGUGUCAUGUGACCGAGGAGAGUACAGGAGCGUGUUGUGAUUAGUGUAAGCGAUGCAUCGUUGUGAGUCCUGAGUGUUUACUUCUUUCUUUGGGAUCUGAGUGGACAGCGUCUCCAGGAUGGCACACAGAUUUUAAGAGCAGACAGGCGAUAAUCUCACAACAUUCUACAUUAGUUUCUCCUGGUCACCCUCGCAUAUACAGUCCCCUGGAUCCCUCCAUUUCUCUCCCUCCGUCCCGUCUCUUUGAGGAUGGAUGGUCAGCAGUCUCUCCAGGCCAGCGUGAACUCCUCUUACAUUCCCUCCUCCAUGUGUGACGAAGAGAGUUCUGAGGGUGCGGCGUCUGGGGACGACUCUUCACCGUUGCUCUCCCGACAGCAGGCUGCGGGGUCCCUGGCGGCUCGUCACUGCCCGGAGGACUCUUACAAUCUGGUGUACAUCAUCUUCUUUCUGAUGGGCAUCGGCUCUCUGCUGCCCUGGAAUGUGUUCAUCACAGCCAAACAGUACUGGCUCUACAAGCUCAGUAACAACUCCAGUCCCUCCGCUCAAGAGGAACCUCACAAUGACCUCAGUGACUACUUUGAGAGUUACAUCGCCAUUGCUUCCACUCUUCCUUCUGUGUUGUGUCUCAUCCUCAACUACCUCCUGGUCAACAGGUUUUCCUCUCAGGUGCGGAUAAUGUUCUCUCUCCUGGUGAUCUUGGUUGUGUUUGUGGUGACCACAGUGCUGGUGAAAGUGGACAUGUCUGGCUGUAGGAUGCAGUUUUUUGGGGGAACGCUGGCCAGUGUGGCGCUGGUCAGUGGGGCGUCCAACAUCUUCUCUGGCAGUGUGUUCGGUAUCAGUGGCCACUUUCCAAUGAGGAUAUCUCAAGCAAUCAUUUCAGGUCAGGCCAUGGGUGGCACUUUGAGUGCAUUGGCAUCAAUAGUAGACCUGGCUGCCUCGAGUGACGUGACCGAGAGUGCGCUGGUGUAUUUCAUCACAGCCGACAUCUUCACUCUUGUCUGUAUCCUCAUGUACCUGCUGCUGCCCAGACUGUCUUACUCAAGAUACUACAUGGAAGUAGCUGCUGUACCCUGUAGUGAGUCUAACAGCCACAGCAGCCGCUCGGACUCGUCCUCUGGAUCCGUGCCGCCCCUCAAACCCAUCCUGAAGAAGACCUGGGUUCUGGGCAGCUGCGUCUUCUACGUUUUCUUCAUCUCCAUCAUGGUUUUCCCUGCUCUUUCCUCGGGAAUCCAGUCCAUGAAUAAAGACUCUGGAAACCCUUGGGCUACCACAUACUUCGUGCCUCUGACUAGUUUUCUGCUGUACAACGUUGCAGACUUCUGCGGCCGCCAGGUCACGGCCUGGUUGCAGGUGCCGGGUCCCACCAGCCGCAUGCUGCCAUUGCUGGUCGUCUCCAGAACCGCCUUGGUUCCUCUCUUCAUGUUCUGCAACUAUCAGCCCCGGUACCAUCUGCACAAUGUGUUCUUUGCACAUGACCUCUUCCCCGUGGUCUUCAUCUGUCUGCUGGGGAUUUCACUGUCACUUUCACUUUCAAAAAAAUUGCAUAUCUAACAUCAAAUAAAUAAUUAAAAAUAUUAAUCAUAGAAACCUGUCAUUAUACAAUUGUCACCUUUUUUUCU